AUGGCGUUCAUCAAGAACAUGCUCAGCUUCGUGGCCACCAUUCUCGCCCUCAUCGCGGUCAGCAACAGUGCUCCCACCUCAGAGGGAGCUCUCGAGAAUAUUGACCGCAUACACCCACGCAUCGUUCUUUCUGAUGAUCGGGUGAUCCCUUUUGGUCGAACCAAUCCUUCUGAAGACCGCGUCAUUCCGUCCGAGGGUCGUGUUGUCCCCUCUGAUGAUCGCGUCAAACCAUCCGGUCGAGUUGGUCCCUCUGACGAUCGAAUCAUCCCUUCAAGUCCUGCAGCUCCUUCAACAGAUCGCAUCAUCCCUUCUGAUGAUCGUGUCAUCUCUGUUGAACGAGAAGUUCCUUCUUCUGACCGCAAUAUUGACCCUUCUUCGGAUAGAGUCAUUCCAGCGUCUGAACGACUCAACCCACCAACUGGUAGAGUUAUUCCUUCUGAGGACCGUGUUAUUCCAGUCUUAGAUCGCGUUACCACCUCAACUGACAGAGUCAUUCCUACCGACCGCGUCAAUCCAUCAUCCAGCGACGGAUUUACUUCGAACCGUGUCCACACACGAGCCAGGCAGUUGAAAGACCAUCUCAUUCACCUCGAGACCGGUGUGUGCUUCCAAGAUUGUAUCGCCAACCCCAAUGCGGAUAACAUGUGCACUUUCAGCUUCUUCGAGCACAGCAAUUGGCAGUCCCACGCCGUCCUCCAUAUCUACGACAACCACUGCAACCAGAUCGGGGAGAAUACCGCCGUCACACGCGACGCCUUGGCUAGGUCAGAAGGAUGGGGUAUGUCGUCAGAGUUGCCAUUGUAUCUCGUCCUCCAUAUCCCUCGUCUCUGGAACCAGGACAGCCCAGCUGAAGUCAAGUGGGACUACGGUAACUACCGCAACAUCGGAGCGUUCGUCAACAAUCCUUUCGGUGAUGCAUAUGCUAGUACUUACCGCAUCCCUUCGGUCUUCAAGACUGGUGAUCGGGAGGGUUCGUACACUGUUGGUCGGGCUGGAUUCAUUUGCAAGUGA